AUGGGAGCGUACCACGAAAGCUUGCCAAGGGCGGUUCCUGCAGCCAGCCUGGGUAACCCAACAGUCUUGCCACCGGCGCCCCCGAAGGCUGGGGGUGUCAGCCUCAGGGAGGGGCCGGGAGGCCGAGGCAACCAGGGUGAGGAAAGGCUCCAAGCUAUUUUCGCGAAGGCAAAGGCGCCCAGCCUCACACCGCAUGACAAGGCAGUACUGGAAGAGGGCAGAUUGUGGACUCUUUACGGCCCCGAGCCCACGAAGGGGGAGGGCUUCCCACCCUUCAUGGCCGGACAGGAUCGAGUUGCGUUCACCUCCCAAGACCUGGUGCUCAAGCUGUCGGAGCAACCCCAGCAGCAGGAGCUCACCUACGCCAGCCUCCUGCCAGGCAUAGCUGCGCCAGUUUUCUGGGUGGAGGAUGUUGAAGUCGUUCUUCAUGAUGACAAAGGAGGAGAGCAACGCCUGCCGAUGACGCUUCUCUGCCAAACACCCGUGGUCAAAGCAGCAGAUGUUAUGGAGCAAAGGGGGGCCACGUUCUCCUUCAAGUUCCUCUGCCACGUCGGGUGUGUGCUCACGUGGCUUUGGACUCAAAAUCUCCACCUUUUGGACCUGGGAGAGUCCAAUAUGGGUAUGGAGACCUCCUCUACGGCGGAGCCGUACCCGGCACUCCGCUACUUCGACCUGCUGUCUUGGCGGCGUCAGGCCAAACCUGACGCAAAGUGGCAUGGCUACCACAAACUGGCACAAAAAAUGUGCCCCAUGCAUGCCAACUGGAUCCGAACCGUGUGCUCUGAGGUCACACAAGAUGCCCCGAAAGUAUUCCGCAGACUUGCUUCGGAGUGCCAAGGGUAUGUCGACCGCCUGAACCAAGCCGGGGUGAUGGUGGAAGGCGAGCUUUCGCCCAGGCAAAUCUUUCUCAACCGUGGGUGA